AUGGAGAAUACACCAAGUAUUACCGGAGGAGUAGCAAGAACAUCAGUAUUGAUUGCUGGUGGUAGAACUUUGGUAACCAAUUCAUUUAUAAAUGAACAACUAAAGAUCUCUGAGAAGCUUGAAGAGUCAUUUAUUCCAUACUAUGAGAAUGUCUACAAGAAAGAACCAUUUUACUCUGAGAUCAUCAAUGAUAAAGUUGCAUCUUUCGAUCCGUAUGCAUAUUUCUUUUGUUGUACAAAAGAAUCAGUUCAAAUUCUAAUGGAACAGUCGGAACAAUUCUUAAAUAUGAUUCCAACUCAGUUUGCUAGAAAUCAGUUGGCAAAGUAUGUUUUUUCAAAAAAAGGUUUAGAAUUCACAACCAUUGAAGAUGCAAAGAGAUAUUGUAUUGAAAAUUACACACCAGUUCAAUGUUUUGGUCUCAUGUAUUUGGAUUCAUUUAAUGUAAGAUUUGCACUCAGAAAUAAAUUCAUUGACCACAUUUUUAUGAUGCAUAUUAAAGAUCAAACCAUACAACAAUAUGUGAUUUUGGGUGCUGGUCUUGAUACACGUGCUCUAAGAAUGCCAUUCGGUAAAGAAUCGACGGUUUGGGAAAUUGAUUUCGCACAGACUUUCCAAUAUAAAGAAAUGAUUCUAAAUGAAGCAAUCAAAGUUAUUCCACCAAUUUCCAAAGCAAAACUUCAUCGUGUCACAAGCAAUGUAUUGGAGAGCAAACAAUGGAUUUCCAGUCUUGAAGAAACUGGAUUCGAUAAAACUAAACCAACUGCCUGGCUUUUGGAAGGUCUUGUCAUGUAUUUAACUGAAAAAGAUAUAGAGAUGUUGUGUCAAGAGGUAUCAUUAACCUCUGCCAGUGGAUCAUCGAUGGUGAUUCAAGCAACUGGUAAACGAGGAUUCAUGGGUAGAGUAAUGUCAUCGUUUUUGCCAACACCUUUGAGAAAUGAAUACAAAUCAGCAUCCGACAGACCUUGUGACUAUAUUACAAACUGUGGAUUUACCAACAAUGUUGAAAAUAACACUGAAACAGAUUUGUGCAAAAGAUAUGACUUUGACUAUGUUCGUUCUUUCAUGUCGAUGGAUACUGACUCUAUCAUUGCAAUUGGAUACAAACCAUACAUUGUAUUGGUUUCUGCUGAAACCAAUGAUGAUACUUGCUACAAAAACUAUGAACUAACAUUCAUACCAAAAGAUCAUCAGUAUCCAGUUGGAUAUCUAGUUGGUACGGCAUGUCGUACCCAAGCAUUGACUAUUCAGCGUAUUGAUGUCUACAACUUCAAAGGUGUUCCUAAUAUCAGUCAAAAUAUGAAUUACAUCAACAAAAGAAUAGAACUAGAGCGUAUAGUCGUUGAUUACCCAGGAGGAUACUUCACAGACACCAACAUUGAAUUAAGAAUUGUCCAUAAUCCACAAACAAAUGCUUAUGUAGCUAAUGUCUUUUAUCCAGUCAGUGCUUAA